GGGACAGAUCGUGACGUGCAAUACAGAUCGUGCUUUAUUGCCCCGUCGUUCUUGCUACAUUGGUGUCGUGACCAAUCAGGAUGAAAUUGAGCUGGCCAACGCAGUUCGCGGAGGGUGAUGUGGAGUCCUGGUUGGAGGAAUUCGAAGCGAUUGCCGCUUGCAAUGGAGUGAAGGGAGACGGAAACCUACUGACAGCUUUGGGUACGCUGUUAACCGGACGAGCGAAGGCGACAUAUUUGUUGACUCGGAAAGUCAAGGCCGGUGGUUCGUUUGCUGAGAUGAAGGCAGCACUUUGUCUGGAGUUUGGAAAAGAAAUCGACCGCCAACAUGCGCUGCAGCAGUUUCACUCUGCAAAGUGGGAAGAGCCGGAAGAUCUGAUGGUGUUUUUCCACAGGCUGAGCAGACACGUGGCAAUUGGGCUCCCUGAGCUGGACGCCGCGGCAAGAGAACGAUUGUUGCGAGGUCAGUUUAUACAAAGUCUGCCAAGCGAACUCCAGGAGAAGGUAAAGCUGGCGUCCAUGGUUGGGGUCGAAAAAGCAGAAGAACUGGUGACCAUUGCACAAAGUUUCUUGGGGUCGGUGACCGUACGAAGAGUGCAACCAUCCGAGCUGGAGCGCAAAGUACACCAAUUAUCGUGCAUGGUCGAACAGUUGUUGGCGAGGGACAACCAAAGAAAUACGGCACGACGGAAUUGCUUCGGAAAUCGGAGUAGCGGCCGCUGUUUUCGAUGCAAUCGCACGGGCCAUUUUGCCAGAUAUUGUACAAACAAUAAUUUUUAUCGUUGCUUCUCUUUAUCCAUACCGAGCAGAUGGCAAGUACCGAUUCUAGAAAUAACCAUCGAGGGCGUGUUAAUACAGGCCAUAGUAGACACGGGAGCGGGGGUAUCCAUUACGAAACGAGUCGAUGGGGUCCCGUUAACUCAGUCAUCUGUUGUAAUGCAGACGGUCGGAGGAUAUCGUUUGAAAGUAACGGGGGUACAACGUUUACGAUUAGGAAUAGGGAAGACACAAAUCCGUCAUUCAAUGUUCGUUGUGGAGGGUGCGACGGAAACGAUAAUCGGCAAUGAUAUUCUCAGGAGGCUGGGCGCCAGAAUCGAUUUGCGUAAUGACGUGGUGAUAGUCGAUAAGGAGAGAAUCGUGAUGAACACAGGAAAAUCCAACCGCGUGGGGUCCGUAGCAGUCAUACCGGAUUGUUCAAAUCACGCAAUACGCGAGACGCUGCUGAAAUACGCGCAUUUGUUCACGGAUGCGAAUGAUGACUAUGGGUUCUGCGACUGGAUAGAACAUAGAAUACGGCUAAUCCCGGGCGAGCGGUGCAAACCAGUGUUUAGAAGAAUACCGCAGAAAACCAUGCCGGAGGUAAAGAAGCAGGUGGCAGAGAUGGAGGCUAAAGGAAUCAUUAGACGAACGACUAGCCCGUACUCAUCACCGGUUUUGCUGACGAAAAAGGCGGACGGGACCUUUAGAUUCUGCAUUGACUUCAGAGAAUUAAACAGAGUGACCGUGAAGGACGCGUUUCCGAUGCCUCAAAUGGACGAAAUUUUCGCCAGUCUUCAUAGCGCAAAGCACAUUUCUCUUAUCGAUCUCCGUUCUGGAUAUUGGCAGCUUCCAAUUGCAAAAGAAGAUCGGCAUAAAACGGCUUUCAGUGUGAACGACCAGCAAUACGAAUUUUUGAGGAUGCCAUUCGGACUGUGCAAUGCUCCUGCAACAUUCAGGCGACUGUUACUCAUGAUCCUGGAAAAUCUUCAAGGGGUGGUUGUUUAUGGAGAUGACAUCAUUAUCUACUCCGAAACAGAACGGGAGCAUGCUACUAGACUCGCGGCUGUAUUGCAACGAUUGGACGAGGCGGGCUUGAAACUGAGUCGAAAGAAGUCACAAAUAGCCCAGAAGUCUAUUGUGUGUUUGGGUCACAUUGUGGGAGAUGGCCAGGUAAAACCACUUCCGGAGAAACGGGAGACGAUCAAGAAUUUUGCAGUGCCAAAAUCCAAGCGUCAACUCCGAUCAUUCCUGGGAAUAGUGGCGUAUGAUUCGAGAUUCGUGCCUCACUUCGCGGAGAAGAUCAGUCCUUUGUUAAAGCUUCUCCACAAAGACGAACCAUUCGUUUGGACACCGGAAGCCGAUCAAGCUUUCAGCCACGUAAAGACAUGCGUCACAGAGGGACCAGCGUGUUUACGAAUACCCAGUCCUGGCGAAAAGUUCACGGUGUCGGUCGACGCAAGCAAUGUGGCAAUUGGAGCAGUACUGUCUCAACCGGCCGGGGUGAUAGAGUAUGCCAGUAGAGUGCUGACGGCUGCAGAGCAGAAGUAUUCGACGACAGAGAAAGAAUGCCUCGCUAUCGUAUGGGCUCUGGAGAAAUGGAGAACGUAUCUCCUAGCUAAUGAAUUCCGCGUCAUCACGGACCACAAGCCGCUGUCGUGGUUGAUGACCUCGAAAGACCCGCGGGGGCGCCUCGCACGAUGGGCAUACAGACUACAGGAAUUUACGUUUACAAUCGAACACGUAGAUGGAACGAAGAACAUAUUACCGGACAUGCUGUCGCGGCCAACUUUGGAUGCUCUCAUGCCAGAAAUGGCCAUACCGGUGUGUGCGGUCACGGCUGAGGAUAGGAGUCUACUGGAGAAUCAGAAAACAGAGGAAUUUGUGCGAUUACUUUGCGAGCAUUUGCAAGCAGGCACCAAGCCAGACGCACAAUCGGGUGAAAUGAAUGAUCUCCUCAAGAUCUGGGACCAACUUCAUGUCGUGAAUGGCAAUUUGCUUGUGUCAGUAAACGGGAAGAAAGUACCUUAUAUUCCACAAACGUCCCGAGAACGUGUGAUCCAAAUGACCCAUGAUAACGCUCAUAUGGGCUUCGAACGAGUUUAUGAUUUGCUACGGAGAAGAGUAUUUUGGCCAACCAUGAGAAAGGAUGUAGCGGCGUAUAUCCGGAGAUGCCCAAACUGCCAGAAAUGUCACGAGAUGGAUGCGCCGAGACCACCAAUGAAAUCAGUUGAAGUCAACGAACCACUACAGUGCUGGGGAUUGGACGUCUUUGGACCGUUACCGGUGAGUCGAUGGGGAAAUAGCUACGUUCUGGUUAUGAUCGAUCACUUUACGCGAUGGGUGGAAGCCGUACCCAUAAAAGACCAGACAGGCGAGACCGUGGCGCGUGCAUUCGAAUUCAACGUGCCAGCGAGGUAUGGGAUACCACAAUAUGUUAUUACGGAUCAGGGUCCAUGCUUUGAAUCGAAGGCAUUUCAAACGUUAUUAAACAAGUGGGGCAUCGAGAGACGGCGUACAUCACCCUACCAUCCUCAAGCCAAUGGAAUGACGGAGCGAUUCAACCGAACCAUGAAGGAAUGGAUAACGUGCACAAAGUUGGCGUGGGAGGAUGCCUUACCUGAGGUUCUGCUGUCGUAUCGUGCCAGCAUGCAGUCAACCACCAAGGUUUCGCCAUUUGAGCUACAGUUUGGUAGAGAGCCCCGAAUUGCACUCGAUACAUGUAUAUCGGAGGUGUGUGAACAGCAACAUCCAGCACCACAUCACAAAAGAUUGCAGGAUACGGCCAGAAGAGGAACGAGAUCACGGCAACAACGGAACAAGCUAAACUACGACGCCCGAUAUGCGACUCACAAGUGGAGACCAUUCAACAUCGGAGAUCAAGUCAAGGUGCGCAAGCAUGAUCAUCCAAUACACAGAGGGCCCGGGGCAAGCAAGUUCAAAGAACGCUGGCAAGGUCCCUACACUGUAGUUGACCGAAAAGGAGUGAAUGUCAAAGUUGACAAUGGAAUGACGAAGCGCUGGAUGAAUACAGACCUGAUGAGACCAUGGCACACGAGAGAGCAACAACUUCGAGGAGGGGCGGGUGUAGAUGCGCGGAGGACUUCGACAACACGGAACAGCAGAAAACGACAAGAGCAAGAAAGAGUAUCCGACAGAGGCACCGGAAUCAGUCAGCAUAAUGCAGGCCCUACCGGACGAGUGGAAAAGGGACCACGGGCGACGACGGGAAGAAAGUCUGCUCCCGGAAGAUCUCAAACGAUAUUGGAGGAGAGGUCAAGAAUUCAGACAAAAACGCCGAUUGUUAUGCCCCAAAGAAUGACUCCAAGCCGAGUGACGCCUGGGAGAUCAAGCAAGUCGAGAGCCUUCGAACAAAUCCAGGCUGGUCGGAAAGCGACGUACAGGAGCGGAGAUACGAAGCAAAAUAGGCGAAGCUGAGUUGCCGAAUUGUCGCCAAUUGGUGGGCGAAGGUGCCCGUCGACCGCAACGCAUUUCUGGUGCGUUGCGGUGUAGAAAUGUGACUAUAUGUGUGUGGGCGUGAGCGCGUGUGGGACAGAUCGUGACGUGCAAUACAGAUCGUGCUUUAUUG